AUGCUUCAACACCUACAAGACACAGAGGAACAAACUGAGGAAGCUGAUAAUGCAGACGCGGCGGGAAUUCGAGAAGAACUUGCUACAAAAAGCAACGCAGAACCCAAAAUUGCUCUACAGCUACCUCCGACGAACUACAAGGAACAGGUAUCAAUCCCUUUGAUAAAGACUACUGAUGGCGAUGAGAUCGCUGAUAGUAGGGAUAAAGCUGCGUAUUUUUCACGGUUUUUCCAAUCAGUCUACACAAACGAGGCAAGGUUCCUUCCUCCCUCCACAGAAGAACUGCCGACUCCAAGCGUCAGUGAUAUACUCUUCUCAGAAGGCAUUGUCCGAAGAGAAUUAGAGGCAUUGAACGAAUCGAAGUCGCCAGGACCAGACGAGAUUCCAUCCAAGCUUCUCAAGGAACUUGCCAGUGAGCUCUCUGUGCCUUUGUCGAUGCUCUUUCAAACGUCAUUUGACACUGGAACACUUCCUGUCUAUUGGAAGCUGGCGCAUAUUACUCCGCUACACAAAGGAGGUAACAGGGCAGCGACGACAAAUUACCGGCCCAUAAGCUUGACAUGCAUUCUCUGCAAAGUUAUGGAAAGGAUCAUAAAGAGUGAACUGAUGCAAUUCCUGGAAGUUCACGGCCUGCUAUCGAAAUGCCAACAUGGGUUCCGAGCAGGAAGAUCCUGCACGACAAACCUGCUGCAAUCUCUCCAGAGGUGGACCCGAGCUCUCGACGACAGGCACGCGGUCCACAUAGCCUUCAUCGACUUCCAGAAGGCUUUCGACACUGUGCCACACCAAAGACUCUUACAUAAGCUGAAAAAAAUAGGGAUCGGUGGCAACUUCCUUAAAUGGAUCGAAAACUUCCUUGUGGGUCGACACCAGGUUGUGUGCGUCGGUCGGGGAAAAUCAGAUCCGGCUAUGGUCGAUAGUGGUGUCCCCCAGCGUUCAGUUCUGGGACCCAUUUUGUUCCUUAUCUACGUGGCCGAUGCCGCAAGAGAUUUAGACUGUGAAGUUGCAAUGUUUGUGGAUGACAUGAAGAUAUGGAGUGUAAUUCGGGGUCCUGCCGAUGAAGACAGACUGCAGAUGAACCUGAAUCGGUUGGAGGAGUGGUCAAACCGUUGGCUCCUGCGGUUCAACGUUGCCAAAUGUAGCAUACUUCCCCUAGGCAACACAGCCAGAUCCGCCAGCACAAGAAACUACUUUCUGGGCGGUGCAGCCCUACAAGAGGUCGAAGCCUAA